AUGGCUGAUAAGGGACUCAACCCUCGCCUUGUUCACAUCUCGCCUGAGGACAUCGAGGCUGCACGUUUCGAGCUGCCCAAACAUGGCCCCUUCUCAGUGUCCGAGGAUGGACAUUUGAGGAUUGCCCGGCAGCCAGAAUGGCCUUCACAUGAACAGCUUCUGCAUGAUCUCGAUGACCUUGACCUCGAUGAACUUGAACUUGAUGAGCUUGAUCUCAACGAGAUUCAGAACCCUGAUGCAUUCUACAUGGAGCGUAUGCCAUGCGAAGUAGACAUGGAAGCAGACACGUACGAUGCAGACCUUGAGUCCGGCGCUGAAGCAAAGCGCAAGCACCACACUCGACGAAAGCGUAUCACCAAACGCCAGGCCCGGAUUUUCCAGAAAUCAAAGGCCCUUGCUGCUGCAUCAAGCGGAGAUAACGACUCAUUUGAAAUCUCCGCUGAGCUGAGACUCAAGAGUUCUGGAGCAAGUGAUGCGGAUGAAGACCAGGACACGAAUAGUAGUCCAGGGACUAUUGGCCUCUCGUCUUCGUCUGCCAAAGAAAACCAAGAAGCCGACGCCGAUUCUUCGCAUUCCGAUUCGUCGAUAUUUGAUGAGAUUGUUGACACGAUUCGCCGCCAGAUGAUGUUCGUAUCCGGAGAGACUGCCGAGCCCUCCAUCGAAUCGACUACUCUUAUCGAGGACAUCACCCGUCAGCAAGUCCUUGAGAUCCUGAGCCGCAGCACCCAACUGGCCACUCGUCGAGGAUCUCGCUCCAUUUCAACUGAUGAUCUUAUUUUCCUGAUUCGACACGACAAAGCGAAAGUCUCUCGUCUGCGCACUUUUCUGUCCUGGAAGGAUGUCCGCAAGAACGUCAAGGAUUCUGAUGACAAGGGUGGCGCCGAUGCGGCAGACUUUGCCGCUGCUGACGAUGCGGCAGGUGUUGUUGCUGGCCCGCAGGAUGUAGCUGCAAAGCCCAAGAACAAGCGUGCCAAGGUCGGACUGGCGUGGGAUGUGCACAGUUAUUUCUCAGUGCAGAUUCCCGAGCGCGAUGAUGAAGAGGACGAAGAAGAGGAAGAACAGAACUACGCGACCCUCCAGCGUCUGGCUGCUGCUGAUGAGCGUACCAAGCACAUGACCAGAGAGGAGUAUGUCUUUUGGUCAGAAUGCCGCCAAGCGUCGUUUACAUACCGCAAGAGCAAGCGCUUCCGUGAGUGGGCUGGAUUCGGAAUUGUCACCGAAUCGAAGCCCAACGACGACAUUGUUGAUAUUCUUGGUUUCCUCACUUUUGAGAUCGUCCAGACCCUGACCGAGGAGGCGCUUAAGGUCAAGGAGCGCGAGGACCACGAGAAGAACCGCGGUGGCGCCGAGACCUCCGGCGAGAGCGCUAAGAAGCGCAAGCGCGAGACCGGCCUGUUCGACCCUCCCGAGGAAGGCCGCACGCCAAUCGAGCCCCGGCACAUCCGGGAGGCCUACCGGAAGCUGCAGGCCACGCCGCAGAAGACCAUCGCUAUGCUCUUGCACAAUGGCCGCGUGCCCUCCCGUUUGCCUCUUCGCUUGAUUUGA